AUGACUCUGGGUGCUAAUAACAUUACCCAGAAACGAACAAAGGGGUCAAUCACACGUCACACGUUCGCUCGUCACUCGCUCCACGCCUUCGUGUGCCCACCCCGUCGCCCUCGCUCCCCUCCUCGCCGCCCUCGCUUCCCUUCUCCCGUCGCCCUCGCUCCCCUCCCCGCCGCCCUCGCUUCCCCUCCCCGCCGCCCUCGCUUCCCCUCCCCGUCGCCCUCGCUUCCCCUCCCCGUCGCCCUCGCUUCCCCACCCCGUCGCCCUCGCUUCCCCACCCCGUCGCCCUCGCUUCCCCUCCCCGUCGCCCUCGCUUCCCCUCCCCGUCGCCCUCGCUUCCCGUCCCCGUCGCCCUCGCUUCCCGUCUCCGUCGCCCUCGCUUCCCCUCCCCGUCGCCCUCGCUUCCCCUCCCCGUCGCCCUCGCUUCCCCUCCCCGUCACCCUCGCUUCCCCUGCCAGCGCCGUAUCCCUCGCCCUCGCUCCCCCUGCUCGUAACCCUCACCUCCCCAUCCAUCUAAGGAUGGUCGAAUCUGCUGGUCUAUUCGCGGAUUACCUCGCGUCGCUGCCGGCCGCGCAGCUCGACCGCCUAUACUCCUCCCUCUACACGUGCCAAGCCGUGCUCAGGGUGUGGCAUUCAACGGCGCGAGGUGACGGGGACCCGUUUCCAUGCUCCUCCUUUCCUCCUUCCCGCGCAUUUCGCUGUCCCCUCCUUAUUGGCCUCCCUUCCCAGACUCUCCCAGCAGCGGAGGUCCCUUCUUCCGCAUCUCUUCCCCAGGACCUUGGUCCCUUUGUUCCCCCACCCACGCAUUUCUCUUCUCCCCACUCGUCCCCGCACUCGCUCCUCUGUUGGUUUCCCUACCCACGCUUUCCGAUGCGCCACUGCAACCCCACCACUCUCCCCGCACCCCAUUCUCACCGCACCACACCCCCUUCUUUUCCCCCUCGCAUGCUGCUCGCUUCUCUCGCCAACCCUCUGUCCCCGCUCCCCCUUCCGCAGCUCUCCCUCUCCUGCCGCGCUUACGCCUCACUUACCUCUCCCUCAUUCAUCCCAUUCCCUUCCUUCCUCCCCCAACCUCGCAUCCAUGUCACUCCCUCCUCUUGUCCAGCAGGGAGUGUCCCGCCCUCUCUUAGCCAAGCAGCACAUGCUGCCACUGCGCCUACCAGACCUCUGCCUACUCCACUCCCCCAGCGUCCCCCCUCUUCUUCCCCUCCCCCCCCAUCCCUUUCCCCCCUUUCUCAUCCUUUCCCUCCUCCAUUUUUUCCUUCCCUUCCUCCUUCCGUGCACCCUCCUUCUUCUUACCCUCCCAUCCGCAGGUCCCUGCCCGCACCAGCCAAGCAAUACGUGCUGCGACUGCUCUUUCUCACGGACCAUGUGCCUCCCACAUUCCUUCUCCCUGCUUUCCCACCCCUCCCCCCCCACACUAACCCCACAUGCAGGUCCCUCCCUCCACUGGCCAAGCAGUACGUGCUGCGACUGCUCUUUCUCACCGACCCUGUGCCUGCCGCGCUCGUGGCUGAUUGGCCCAAGCCCGAGGCACACAGCAAGCACAAGGCGGCCCUUGACAGGCUGCAGCAGCUGCGCCUGCUGCUGGCAUGCAGGUGUGCUCUCAAAUGCACUCUCAGCGAAACAGGGUCGCUGGCAGCAGCAGCAUCGUCGGCACCAGCAGCGUUCCACCUGAACCCCACCUUCCAGCAGCAGCUGCAGCAGGCGCUCACAUCAGGAGCGCCUGUAUCUCGACCCAGCGUGCCGGCCUCUGUGGCCACCCGCCUGCCGUCUGCUGCUGAGCUGGCAGCCCAUGGCACGAGCCACUGGGAGGCAGUCCUCAUGCAUCUCAUAUCGCCGCCAUCCAUAGCUGGGGGUCACGGUGCUGCUGUCAUCACACGAGUGCUCGUACGAGCGGGCCUGCUCACCCACUCGUGA